AUGGCAGAUGCACAAGCAUUGAGAAAGUUGGAUAUGCUGAGGAGCCGCAGAAUCGCCGAGAUGCUGACAGAGCGGGCCAUGCUCCAAGAAGCGACGGAUGGUUUGCUCGUUGGCGCCCGACCGCUGUUGUGCAAGUACUCUCUCUCCCAGGAUGUUUGGAUGGAAGUAGCCAUGAAGCUCUUCGCCGUGGCGCUUGUGUCUUGUGUGUCCAUGUCGGACGCAUGGAAAUGGGCUAUUGCCUUUAGCCUGGGCAUGGCUGUGUUGGUUGGUGUCUCCCAGCCGUACAUGCAGCCGCAGGUGAGUCAGUUGCAGAGCUUCAGCUGUUUCUGCUUGGCCUUGUCUUCGGCUGCCUUCGUCUAUGACAAGUUUGCCUGGCUUACGCGCGUGGGGCUUCUGGCACCAGUUCUGCUGCUGCUGUGGCAGGUGCGCUGCCCGGACUGCGCCGAAGAGUCGGCCGAACGGCUCGUCCAGGAGCUGCUGACUGCGUUGCCGAAGCUCCAGCAAGGCGAGAGUCACGAAGUACAUGUCCAGUUGCUGCGGUUCUGA